UAACGGAAAAUGAGGAUGUAGAUCUCUUUUCCGUGACCAAUGAAGCGAUAGUUACAGGAGAAGAUGAUCGUUCUCGUUUUACUAGCACGUCUUUAAGAUUUCGCAGGUGUGGUGUAUUCCACAGUGUAUUUCAAGUGUACUCGACGUGGUCAUGUUCGAUCGAAUAUGACUCGUCAGUGUUAUAAACAAACGGUCGACUGUUAUCGGGAUGUUCACUAAUUCGAUCAUCCAUCCGGAUGACGAAUCAAUAUAGAUUUCUAAUCGUAAAAAGAUAUUACUAUAUUUAAAUUAUUCCGUACUGGAAAAUUUUGGAAUGUUGUGGGUUCCGUUUGUUCAUAGUGAGUCAAAAACAGACACAAAGUGCGGUACUUUCAAAGACCAUCCUACAGUAAGAGGAUUAUCCUUCUGUUAAUUUUAGGGGCACCGAAUAUUUUUGUAAAAAUAGAACAAGGAUGCCUGCGCCGCCUCCUCCUCCGCCUCCUGCUUUCAAUGCAUCCAGUUUAGGUGCAGGAGAACAAGAUAGGAGUUUACUUCUUCAAUCGAUUAGAGCUGGGAAGGCUUUAAAGAAAACUGUAACUGUAGAUAAGAGCGCGCCUGUAGUUAGCGGUAGAGUAAAAGGUGAACCAGGGAAUUCUUCCUCGAAUAACAGGGAAAAUAACAAUUCUAGUGCAAUAGCCGGCGGUAUUAAUACAAGUAAUGGAGGACCCAUAGGACUAGGCGGUUUAUUUUCUAGUGGCAUGCCUAAAUUAAAGUCCACAGGGCUCAGGGCAUCCUUGGGUGAGAAGGACACGAGUAAUGUAAAUAAUACAAAUUUUGGUCAAACGACCACUUCCAGUGUAAAACGAGGUCCUCCUCCGGUUCCACCUCCUGCCACACAAAAGCCACAAAUGUUUGCUCAGAAAACCAGCUCGUUGCCAGGACAAAGUACCACAGAUUCUGGUAGCUCCAAUACAGAAGCACCUAAAGGAUUUGGGAAACCAACUGUUGCGCCCAAACCACCUCCAACUUCAUCGGCUACAUUGCACAAACCAUCUCCACCUCCCAAAAAGUUGAAUUUAACCAGCGGUGGAAGCGUAUCAAGAGCACAAAGUAUGCGACUACCCAGAUCACCUCCUGUGCUUGCUCCAACUCCCCCAUCCCUCCACCAGUCCCAGGAUUACUUGAACGAGAGCCAACCAAGGCUGACGAACCGAAUUCUUAGACCUCCGGUUGCCAAACCUCCCUCCCCUCCUACUUCUAGAGCGAAUAAUUCAACCACCACAGCGACCAGGGUUGCGCCUCCGCCACCUUCUAGGGUGACGGUCAGCGCGCCCUGUAUACCGCCUCCACCCCCUCCGCUUCCCCAUCGCCCGGCUCCUACCCAUCAGAGACUGGCCCCGCCACCUCCACCCCCGCCAACACCCCCUACGAGAAGUUCUUCCAUGCGCAACGGGCAAAGCAUGAGUACUCUGGACAUAGAGGUACGAUUUGCGGACAUGUUUCAUUCUAUUGCGAGCUUUCCACCGCCGGAGGCGUUUAAAGGAUUCACGAAAGUCUACAGCAGCAGAAACGCGGCCAAACAGCAAGCUCCUGCGCCACCCAUGCAAAUGUCUUCUUUAUCCAAUACAAUGGUACCCUUAAACACAUCGUCAGGGGGGAACAAUACAGUUAGACACAAAAUAGAGAAAAUGGCGACCGACAUCGAGGAAUCAGAUACCGACGAUCAUGAAAGACCAGCUCCACCGAAACGUCAAUGCACAAGACUUAAGGUCAAUGAAACAAUGUGGGAUAUGGAGAACAGUUUGAAUGAAAGCGAAGAAGUACAGGAUGCAGAGAAUGUUGAAUACGAUGAUGCAGAAAGGCACGCAAGAGAAAAGUUAAAAAGAUGGCAAGCUUGCCAGGUGGCCAAGGGAUACGUAGAUAAUACUAUCAAUAAAUUUUUAGAAAACUAUAUCACGAGAACGAUCUCUCUAGAAGAAUCCAGGUGUCAGUUGUUCAGAGGAAACGAUAUGGAGGAUACAGCGGUUAUGAUGGCAAUUCGUAAUCAUGGACUAGUUCAAUCGGCAGGGAUCGUUUCUCAGUCGGAUGCAUUUUACAGUGAUAAAGCCCCGGGAUAUUGGACCAACAACGAAUAUCCUGAUGUACAUUGUUCCUGUCCUUCUAAUUACAUCCAAGUUGGAAAUUCAGUAGCCACUACGUCUACGGAUUCUUUAAGAUUGGAAGAUUCAAAGGAUGUAGACGAGUACAGUGGAUGCGAUUGGGAUUUAGAUAAAAUAGAUGAGAACAAUCAACAAGAAAACUUCCUGGAAAGAGCUGUAGCGGAAGCUAUUAAGAAAAAAGGUCUUAGCACGCUCAGUGUUGAUUAUGGUUGAAGAAACUGAACUGUAUUUCAUCCUACAGUAUGUUUACAUAAUAGCAUCGGGUAUAAUUUUUUAUCUUGGCAAAUCUAUUUCGAUUUGUAUGAAAAAUUUAAUAGAUGAUAUUCAUCAGAAGGUAUACAGAUAGUUCUAAUUAAGGAAUUGUACUCCACCGAAGGAAACAUUCUGAUGAUCCAUCUGUUUCUUCAUCCAUUAUAUCUUGAUACUACUUACGCAUAGAUAUAUAAACAUUUAUGUGCUAGAUCAGAAUAUUUUCAACGAGAAUCUAGAUUUCAUUAAUGCAUAACAGAAGAUAUUAAUAGUUCCAGGUUUUCAAUGGGUAUGAUUUUUACCAUAUCUAUUUGAUGAAAAACAAGUAAUUAUUAAUUAUACAUUUUUUUUUUUUUUCAUUCAAAGUAAAUUUAACAUUCUAGAACCGUGGACGAUUUGACGGGUAACUCGAUAAAAUAAAUGUUUAAGGUAUACAUAGUAAUUAUCAUUCUAUAUUUCAACAUUAUCAUAAUGUUAAUUACUAAACGUUCAAGAAUCCUUGUUCAUUCCAUACAGUAUUGUAUUGCUUCUAUCCAUUCCUAAAGGUAAAUUGCAAUUUUGUAAAUUAUAAUUUUUAAGUAUGUAAAAAUGAAUAUUUUUCGCGUCCUUUUCGUUUUGUAUACAAAAGGCCUAAUAAUAUAUAUAUAUUAUAUAUGUAAAUAGAUUGUUACGUAUUAAACGUAUAAAUAAAUUUUCAUUCAUGUUACACGAUGAUAUGUAUCUAUUGAAACAUGUAACAAGCUCGGUAUACAUAGAUCGUGUUUCUAGAAAUUAUAAAUAAAAAAAAGAUAUAAACAA